AUGUCCAGAGGGGGUGACCAGAACAGCGACGAAGACAGUGUCCUCGAAGCCACCAGCUCCCAGCGGAGCAGCUCCCGAGACCAGCUCAGCGACGAUGGUUAUAAGCCCCCGGGCAAGCGCCAGACAGGGGGGCUGUACAUGAGGCCAGCAGCAGUCAUGGGCAGCAUGCCCCAGCUGCAGAGAGCAAACACAUUGUCCCCCAACCUCACUACAGUGGUUGACAUUGCGGCCUGGCAGGAAGCAGAGUGUGACAGCGAGAGUGGCGUGGACGACAAGCUACACAAGACAGGCACUGCUAGCUGCGUGGACACGGGUGGGCAGGUGGGCCCAGCAUCUAGGGCGAAGGUCCUUGCAGUGCGGGCUUUGCUCCCCUUGCAGUCCCACUGGACGCUGUGGUCCCAGGGAGUGGCUGCGGUGGCUCCUCAGGAAGCAGCCCAUGUCUCCAUGUGCACAGCCCCGUAUGCUUCUGAAGUGCAUCUCCCAAUGGAACAGGCAUCAGUGGGCUCCGAGAAGCUCUUUGCCCCAGUAGCAGACAGAGGAGGCCAAGGCGGGAGCAGCGCCCAAAGUGUCUGGCCUGGAGCGAAGCCGCGAGCUCAGCGCAGACCCCUUCCUGCUGCCUGCGGCACCCCUGGGGCCUCUGCCCACCGCCCAGGCCGGCCCCCUGGUGAAGAGGGAGUCGCCCGCGGUGGCCCUCCACGGCCCGCAGCCCCAGUCCAUAGCCCCGCAGCCCCGGGGCUCCCUCCCAACGCACGUGCCUCCCUCCCUGGGCGCCUUCUCCGGUCCCGGCCAGGUGGUGCCCGGCGGCCUCCAUUUGCACAGCCUCAGGAGCAGCACAGGCAGUGGGGGUCCCCCGGGCCUGGCCAAGCACGUGUCACUGUCGCCGCUCGGGCCCCGCCCCCACCUCUCUACCUCACACCUGGCGCUCCGGUCCCAGGUGCAGCACCAGCACCACGCAGCGGCCAUGUUCGCCGCCCCCCCAGCACUGCCCCCACCCCCAGCGCCUCCCACCAGCAGCCUGGUCAUCCCAGGACACCCAGCCGAUCACGAGCUGCUCAGUUUGAUAAGUUCUCACCCAAGCUGGACAACCCCUACUUCCGACAUUCCAACCUCUUCCCGCCCUUCCCUCCCACUGGCCCAGGGCUGCCUGCCCUGCUUGCACACUCUGGCCCCUUUGGGUCCCUGCAGGGUGCUUUUCAGCCCAAGACUUCAAACCCCAUCGAGGUAACAGGCCGGGCCAGUGCAGUUCACACUCUGCUACAGAAAGCCCCUGGGGUGUCCGACCCAUACCGGACAGCAGUCAGGAAACCAGGGAAGUGGUGUGCCGUGCACGUGCAGAUCGCCUGGCAGAUCUACCACCACCAGCAGAAGAUGAAGCAGAUGCAGCUGGACCCUCCCAAGCUGGAGGUGGGCGCAAAGCUGGACCUGUUCAGCAGGCCCCCAGCGCCAGGCAUGCUCUCGGGGUUCCAUUACCCACAGGACUUGGCCCGGCCCCUCUUCUCCGGCACAGGUGCUGCCCAUCUGGCUACUGAUCCAUUUGGACCUUCGACCCAUCCCAGCAGCUUCCUGCCAGCUGGUCACCUGACAGACCCCUUCAGUAGAGCAAGCACCUUCGGGGGCCUGGGAAGCUUGGGGAGCCAUGCCUUCGGCGGCCUGGGCAGCCGUGUGCUGACUCCCGGGGGCAGCCUCUUUGCCCCCAAGGAGGGCUCCGUGCUGCACGGCCUGCCCAGCCCCCACGAGGCCUGGACCCGGCUACACCGCGCCCCGCCCUCCUUCCCCACGCCGCCCACCUGGCCCAAGCCUUUGGACGUCUUGACCAGCCCCGACAGAGAGCUGGACAAGGGCAGAGAGGACUGCGAGCGGGAGCUGCUGGAGAAGCCGCGCCUGCUGAGCCGCGCCGCGCCCGCCGCGCCGGGCCGCGCCCUGGGCGGCCUCCCGCCGCGGGUCAAGGAGAGCCUCUCGCCCGCGCUGGAGCCCCGCGCGCCGUCCCCGCGCGAGCCCCGGGGCGACGUGAAGGUCAAGGAGGAGCGCGGGGAGGAGGAGGAGCCGGCGCCGGGCCCCGCGCGCCCGCGCCCCGCGCCCGCGGCGCCGCGCCGCGCCUUCCCCGCGCCCGCGCCGCGCCCGUACCGCGACCGCGAGCCGCUGGACCGCAGCCCCGAGCGCCUGCGGGAGCCCGAGGCCGCGCCGCCGCCGCCCGCCCGCGCCGCCGCGCUCGGCGCCCCCGCCGCCCCUGGUGGCCGCCGCGGGCCCCGCGCGCCCCCGCGCCGCGCCCGACUUCUCCCCGCCGCCGCCGCGCAACCCGCAGGAGGUGGAGGCGCGGUGGGGUCUGAUGUGUCCCUGGGCUGCCUGAGCCCCAGACCAAAGUCUCGUACCUGCAGUGAUGUUGCAGAGGGGGACACCCCCGCACCCCAGCAGAUCCGUGUCCACGUUAUCUGCAUGGCUUUGCUGCAGGGCCUGUUCCUGGAUUUGAGUCACCUCCAUCUCCGAGAAUGCCUAGGUCCCCUCGUGUUCACCAGUAACCCGGCCGGGCAGUGUGCAGGCCGCUCGCAGCACACAGGGCCCUACAGAUGA